GCGUGUCUAAGAGAAAGUCGAGUCCCUCCUUCCAUAAAAGCGGAAGUGGAGGGGCCGCUCUGGGUGAAGCCUCUGUUAGCCCCGCCUCUCCCGGGCUGCCGCAGUGAAAUUGGGCGCGUUUGCGCAGUGACGUUCCUUUUUUUUGUUGGAAGUACUCGUAGACACCCAUCAAUAUGGCAGAUGAGGUCGAUUUCACCACUGGAGAUGCUGGGGCUUCCACCACUUUCCCCAUGCAGUGCUCUGCUCUGCGCAAGAACGGAUUUGUGGUUCUGAAAGCGCGUCCCUGCAAGAUUGUUGAAAUGUCAACCUCCAAGACUGGCAAGCACGGUCACGCCAAGGUUCACCUUGUCGGUAUUGAUAUCUUCACUGGUAAGAAGUAUGAAGAUAUCUGCCCAUCUACCCACAACAUGGACGUCCCAAACAUUAAGAGAAAUGACUACCAGCUGAUCGGUAUUAGUGAUAAAUACCUGUCCCUGCUGACUGAAUCUGGUGAGGUCCGUGAAGACCUUAAGCUGCCAGAAGGAGACCUGGGAAAGGAAAUAGAAGCUAAAUAUGAAGCAGGGGAUGAGAUUAUGAUCUCAGUCUUGCAAGCAAUGGAUGAAGAAUGUGCAGUAGCCAUCAAGGCCAUGACCAAAUAAACAGGGAUUCCUGGCUCGAGCUAUCUGCUCAGGUCAAGAUAAACAGAUCUUAAAUUUGGCUCUGAUUGUCACCAAAGCUAUGGCCUUCACAAAAACCUCAUUUCUUUUUGACUUGACUUGUUUGCAAAUACUGCUGGAUUCUAAAUUUGGUUAUGCAGAUUAACUGGUCAUUUCCAAAUCACUGCACUGCAGGUAUUUCUUGAGUUACCUUUCACAUUCCCGAAGGUGUUCAUAUUGGGGUCCAACUUAAGUAACUCUUUAGAUGUGGUAUUCUGCAUCAGUAUGCCCAUGAUGCAUGGGUUUUAUCAGGCUUGUAGUUAAAUUGGGGAAAGCACCUGGAAUUGGAAAAAGGUAAUUUGAUAAAGCAAAUGUAAAGAUUUAAAACUGUGUUCCUUACUAAUAUGUAGAAUGAAAGUCUUAGAAUAUUGCGCAAGUUUAAUUCUAUUGCAUGUUGGACUGUUUGAAACACAAAUUGCCAAGUAUGACUUGGGCACUUAAGAAAUGUGAGUGAUUUAGAAAUGCCAGUUGACGCUCAUUCUCCUGUCCCUUCCUUAUUAAAAGAAUAAAUCCUGGUGGCCAUGUGCAAGUAAAUUGUAUUACCUCUGUAUUCUCCUCUGCCAACAUGUUGGCUUGCAUAUUGUAACAUUACAAAAAAUGGUGUCAAAGCCUGCCUACAGUCUAGACGGGCAUGUGGUAAAUUGGGUGAUUCUACAUAGCAGGUGUACAUGGCACAAAAUGAGGAUUAGAGUUGUUAAUGCUACAGAUUUUCACUCGAGGCCUUUGUCAUCAAACUGAAGAAAAAAAUAUAAAAAUAGAAAAAAUGCAGUUCAGUUGCUUUUUUUUUUUUUUUUUUUUCUUGUAUUUAUCUUGAAAUAUUAAACCUAGUAAAGACCUUCCCAGGAAUUGAUUUUGCGGUGCUUCCAGUGUGAUUAUUUUAAAUUUUUGUAAUACAAAUGUGGAUAUUAGAAAUAGGAUGUAAGUGUUAAAACAACCCUCAGAAAAUCUUGCUUUGGAUAAGUAUCCUGUGUCCAACUCUACAAUGUCCAGGGUAUUUAUGAAUCUUCAGGGGUCCCAGGGUAUUGCUAAUCUGGACUUGUAGGCACUUUAAAGGGGCGGUAUGACAUUGGAAACAAGUUUUGUUUUAAAUAAAGGAUGCCUCUCAU